AUGUUAGAUCCUAUGAACAAAGAUGACCCUACUCCCUUGUGGCUGGAUUGUGAUCCUGGGCAUGAUGAUGCCUUCGCGAUCCUGAUCGCCGCUCUUCAUCCUUCUCUUCAUCUGCUUGGUAUCAGCACAAUCCACGGAAAUGCUUCUUUAGAGAAGACAACCGCCAAUGCAGGAAGCAUUCUGGAAGCCAUCGGCAAGCCCGAUAUUCCUGUCUAUCCCGGAAGCAACAAGCCAUUCUCUCGGCCUGCUCUGCAUGCACCUGAUAUUCAUGGUGAAUCGGGUCUUGACGGAACUGACCUUCUCCCCAAGGCAUCUAGAGCUCCCAUCACUGAUAAGAACGCUAUUGCGGCUAUGAGAGAUGCGCUUCUUGCGCAGCCCAAAGGUACUCCAUGGGUUGUUGCAACUGGAACCUUGACAAAUGUUGCUCUCUUGUUUGCAACAUUCCCCGAGGUGGUGGAUCACAUCCAGGGACUAAGUCUCAUGGGUGGUGCCAUCGGCGAGGGAUUCACCGAUGCCCCCAUGAGCAGACUCCCGGGCGAAAAGUCUAGGAUCGGCAAUGUGACGCCAUGGGCUGAGUUCAACAUCUAUUGUGACCCCGAAUCCUCGGAGUCAAUAUUCAGCAACCCGACUCUUGCUGCAAAAACCACCAUUGCUGCCCUAGAUCUUACACAUCAGGUCCUAGCGUCAGAGGCUAUUCAAACUCGCAUCCUGCAUGGCUCGAUCCAUUCCACUCAAGAGCCAACAGUUCUUCGACGAAUCCUGCACGCCCUACUUACAUUCUUUGCUUCGACCUACGAAAAGGCUUUCGGGUUAACCACCGGACCUCCACUGCAUGACCCUCUGGCUGUAGCUGUGAUCUUGUCAACUUUGAACCCUGCAUUUGCCAACAAGUAUCCAAACCAAGCCCUUGCCUUCGAUGAUAAGGGUGGUGAAAGAUUCCAUGUCAGUAUUGUCACAGAUGGUAAGCAUGGAAAAGAUGUUUCCGCUACUGGCCAGCUAGGUCGCUCCAUCGCCACUCCUGUUCAGGGUCCAGGUGUUGCUAUUCCAAGGGGAGUUGAUCUCGAUGCCUUUUGGAAUAUGAUUCUGCAAUGCAUUCAGCUGGCCGACGAUUGCAACUCGACAAGAAACUCGUUGAAUGCUUAG